CUUUUUCAACGCUGCUGCUGUUGCUGCGGCUGCAAUGGCGGUGCUAUAGGGGUACGGGGUAGAUGGUGCCUUGAGUUAGAUGAGUUGUUCAAUUCCUACAAUGGUCGUUAAGGCCAAGUUCGUGGAGGAAUAAAGGAAUAUAGCGUAUGUGUGGUAUAGGCUCGAGUUUUUGGGUGGAGGAAAAGCGGGGAGGUCUAUCCAUUUAGAUGAUAUUUUGUGUUACCAAAACAUUACUAGCUAGCUGUCCUAAUGCAGUUCUUGCUAGCCAUCAUCGUGAGCUAGCUGACGUUAGCCAUAUAGCUAGCUUGCGCUGCAUCUGUCUUUAGUAACCACCACCCACCACUUUAGUCUACCAGCCUUACUUUUUGCGUGGAUCAGACCGGAUCAGCUAUAAUUGGACCGAUCCGAAAAACGGCAUGGCUGAGAGAAAUUCCACGGGAUUAUUAAUGAUGAUGUUGGAGCCAACACCGGCGGCUGCGAUGACUCUACCGGCGGAUGUUCGAGAGAAGCUGGCGGAGCUUGAGUUGGAGCUUUCUGAAGGGGACAUCACGCAGAAGGGAUAUGAGAAGAAGAGAGGAAAGCUUCUGGCUCCCUACAUCCCACAGAUACAAGGGGUAGAUCCGUCUCUGCAGGUGGACAGCAGGGCCCAGUCCGCUCCGGCCGCUCCCGCCGCGUCCAAGCAGCACAAGGCCCGGGCCGCCAACUCCCGCGAUGAGCGCUUCAGAUCCGACAUCCACACAGAAGCUGUGCAGGCAGCCUUGGCCAAGUACAAAGAGAGGAAGAUGCCCAUGCCCUCCAAGCGACGCUCCGUGCUAGUCCAGUCCUCCGUGGAGGCUUGCACUCCCCCAGACACCUCCUCGGCCUCUGAAGACGAGGGCUCGCUGCGUCGGCAAGGCCGGACCGCCUCCACCCCUUACCCGGGCCACCCCAGCGUGGAGCACUGGUUCAACCGGGUCAUCCAGGGCUCCUCCACCUCGUCCUCCGCCUCCUCCACCUCCUCCCACCCCGGGGGGAGGCCCCACGCCGCCGCCGCCGCCACCUUGCUGGCGGACCUCAUGGCGCACACCCAGAUAGAUAACCACUCUGCGCCCCCCGAUGUGACGGGCGUGUCCGAGCGCCCCGCGCAGGCGGAGCGGCCCCAGGUGCCUUCGGUGCGAGGUGUCCCGCGGGGCUACAACCACGGCAACGCCCUGGAAACCGCCGACGGUGAGCUCCCUAAACUCACUGCCACGCCCUUCUGUCUGAACCCUCGAAUCCAUGGCUUCGCUGGGAAAGCCGGCAGCGUCGUCCGUAGAACGGAUGGCGUCCCCGUAAGCAGCCGAGUCUCCUCCAAGAUCCAGCAGCUGCUGAACACGCUGAAGAGGCCCAAGCGGCCGCCCCUGCGCGAGUUCUUCCUCGACGACUUCGAGGAGCUGCUGGACGUCCAGCAUCCCGACCCGAACCAGCCCAAGCCGGAGGGGACCCAGAUGAGCCCGCUCGACGGGGAGCCCCUGGGCGUGGUCACAAACUGGCCCCCCUCCCUGCUGGUGUCCCUCCAGCGCUGGGGCACCACCCAGCCCAAGAGCCCCUGCCUGACCGCGCUGGACAACGCCGGCAAGCCCGUCUACACGCUCACCUACGGGAAGCUGUGGACGCGGAGCCUGAAGCUGGCCUACACCCUGCUCAACAAGCUGAGCUCCAGAAACGAGCCCUUGCUUCGCCCCGGCGACCGCGUUGCGCUCGUGUUCCCAAACAACGACCCUGUGAUGUUCAUGGUGGCCUUCUAUGGGUGUCUCCUGGCUGAGCUGGUGCCUGUGCCCAUAGAGGUGCCCCUCACAAGGAAGGAUGCAGGAAGUCAGCAGAUCGGCUUCCUCUUGGGCAGCUGCGGGGUCACGCUGGCUCUGACGACAGACGCCUGUCAGAAGGGACUUCCCAAAGCUCAGACGGGGGAGGUCGCGACCUUCAAAGGUUGGCCACGGUUGCUGUGGUUUGUGACAGACGGAAAGCAUGUAGUCAAGCCCCCAAAAGACUGGCACCCCCCUUUACGGGACGCCAGCAAUGAGAUCGCCUACAUAGAGUAUAAGACCAGCAAGGAGGGCAGCACCAUGGGCGUCGCGGUGUCGCACUCGGCCAUGCUGGCGCACUGCCACGCGCUCACGCAGGCCUGCGGGUACGCCGAGGCUGAGACCAUCACAAAUGUUCUGGAUUUCAAGAGGGACGCAGGGCUUUGGCACGGAGUCCUCACGAGUGUAAUGAACAGGACGCACGUCGUCAGCGUCCCCUACUCCCUGAUGAAAGUCAACCCCCUCUCCUGGAUCCAGAAAGUGCACACGUACAAAGCCCGGGUGGCGGUGGUGAAGUCCCGGGACAUGCACUGGUCCCUCCUGGCCCAGCGGGACCAGCGGGACGUCAGCCUCAGCUCCCUCCGCAUGCUCAUCGUCGCCGACGGAGCCAACCCAUGGUCCAUCUCCUCCUGCGACGCCUUCCUCAACGUGUUCCAGGCGCGGGGGCUUCGGCCCGAGGUGAUCUGCCCCUGCGCCGGCUCCGCUGAGGCCAUGACCGUCGCCAUCCGCAGGCCCCCGGAGACGGGCGUGCCCCCCCCGGGGAAGGCGGUGCUGUCCAUGGGCGGGCUGAGCCACGGCGUGAUCCGGGUGGACACGGAGGAGAAGCUGUCCGUGCUCACUGUGCAGGACGUGGGGCAGGUCCUCCCGGGCGCGCUGGUGUGCGUGGUGCGGGUGGACGGCACGCCGUCGCUCUGCCGGACGGACGAGGUGGGCGAGAUCUGCGUCAGCUCCGCCAGCACCGGCACGGCGUACUUCGGCCUGCCCGGCAUGACCAAGAACGUCUUCCAGACCGUCCCGGUGACGUCGUCGGGGGUCCCGAUCGGCGACAGGCCCUUCACUCGCACCUCGCUGCUGGGAUUCGUGGGGCCGGACAACUUGGUGUUUGUUGUGGGGAAGAUGGACGGGCUGAUGGGGGUGAGCGGGCGGAGACACAACGCCGACGACGUGGUCGCCACGGCGCUGGCGGUCGAGCCCAUGAAGUUCGUCUACCGGGGGAGGAUCGCCGUGUUCUCCGUGGCCGUGCUGCAUGACGAGCGCAUCGUGGUGGUGGCCGAGCAGCGGCCCGACGCGUCCGAGGAGGACAGCUUCCAGUGGAUGAGCCGCGUGCUGCAGGCCAUAGACAGCAUCCACCAGGUCGGGGUGUACUGCUUGGCCCUGGUUCCUGCCAACACGCUGCCCAAGGCCCCCCUGGGCGGCAUCCACAUCUCCGAGACCAAGCAGCGCUUCCUGGAGGGGGCGCUGCACCCCUGCAACGUGCUCAUGUGCCCCCACACCUGCGUCACCAACCUGCCCAAGCCCAGGCAGAAACAGCCAGAGGUGGGUCCCGCUUCAAUGAUAGUGGGCAACCUGGUGGCUGGGAAGAGAAUCGCUCAGGCUUGUGGGAGAGACGUGACUCAACUGGAGGACAAUGACCAGGCACGUAAGUUCCUGUACAUGCAGGACGUCCUGCAGUGGAGGGCCCAGGCAACCCCAGAUCACCCUCUAUUCCUGCUGCUCAAUGCCAAGGGCGCUGUGGCCAGCACCGCCUCCUGCCUGCAGCUGCACAAGCGGGCGGAGCGCGUCGCCGUGGCGCUGAUGGAGCGGGGGAGACUGAACACGGGGGACCACGUGGCUCUGCUGUACCCCCCAGGUAUCGACCUCAUCGCCACUUUCUACGGGUGCCUGUACGCGGGCUGCGUGCCAGUCACCGUCAGACCCCCCCACUCGCAGAAUCUGGCCACCACCCUGCCCACCGUCAAGAUGAUUGUCGAGGUCAGUAAGUCCGUGUGCAUCCUGACCACUCAAGCAAUAAUGAAGCUGCUCAAAUCCAAAGAGGCCGCAGCCGCCGUGGAUGUGAAGACAUGGCCGUUGGUGCUAGACACAGAUGACCUCCCCAGAAAGAAGGCCCCGCAGCUCUACAAGCCUCCCACACCGGAGAUGCUGGCCUACCUGGACUUCAGCGUGUCCACCACCGGCAUCCUAGCAGGAGUGAAGAUGUCCCACGCUGCCACCAGUGCCUUGUGUCGCUCCAUCAAGCUGCAGUGCGAGCUGUACCCCUCCCGCCAGAUCGCCAUCUGCCUGGACCCCUACUGCGGCCUGGGCUUCGCCCUCUGGUGCCUGUGCAGCGUGUACUCGGGUCACCAGUCCAUCCUGGUGCCCCCCCUGGAGCUGGAGAGCAACGUGUCCCUGUGGCUGACGGCGGUCAGCCAGUACAAGGUGCGCGUCACCUUCUGCUCCUACUCUGUCAUGGAGAUGUGCACCAAAGGGCUGGGCUUGCAGACCGAGGCGCUCCGGAUGCGGAACGUGAACCUGACGUGCGUGCGCACCUGCAUGGUGGUGGCGGAGGAGCGGCCCCGCAUCGCCCUCACGCAGUCCUUCUCCAAGAUCUUCAAGGACCUGGGCCUCUCCGCCCGGGCCGUCAGCACCACCUUCGGCUGCAGGGUCAACGUGGCCGUGUGCCUGCAGCCCAACAGGCUGGGGAAGCUGGCUGAGCAGGGUACCUCUGGUCCGGACCCCACCACCGUCUACCUGGACAUGCGAGCACUGCGCCAUGACAGGGUACGUCUGGUGGAGAGAGGGUCGCCCCACAGCCUCCCGCUGAUGGAAUCUGGAAAGAUCCUGCCUGGGGUGAAGGUGAUCAUAGCAAACACGGAGACUAAGGGACCCCUGGGAGAUUCGCACCUGGGAGAGGUCUGGGUGAGCAGCCCCCACAAUGCGUCGGGGUACUACACGGUGUACGGGGAGGAGGCGCUGCACGCGGACCACUUCAGCACCAAGCUGAGCUUCGGGGACACGCAGACGGUGUGGGCGCGCACCGGGUACCUGGGCUUCCUGCGGCGCACGGAGCUGACGGACGCCUGCGGAGAGCGGCACGACGCGCUGUACGUGGUGGGCUCCCUGGACGAGACGCUGGAGCUGAGGGGCAUGCGCUACCACCCCAUGGACAUCGAGACGUCCGUCAUCCGAUCGCACAAGAGCAUCGCCGAGUGUGCGGUGUUCACCUGGACCAACCUGCUGGUGGUGGUGGUGGAGCUGGGGGGCUCCGAGCAGGAGGCGCUGGACCUGGUGGCCCUGGUGACCAACGUGGUGCUGGAGGAGCACUACCUGAUCGUGGGCGUGGUGGUGGUGGUGGACCCCGGGGUCAUCCCCAUCAACUCCAGGGGGGAGAAGCAGCGCAUGCACCUGCGCGACGGCUUCCUGGCCGACCAGCUGGACCCCAUCUACGUGGCCUACAACAUGUGAGCGUCAGGGGGGGUGGGGGGUGAUGGGAGAGGGACUCUGGCACCUGGGACGGGAGCGAGACAGGAGGAGGAGGAGGAGGAGGAGGAGGAGGAGAAGGGCCAGAACUCUCCAGCAGGUCCGUCUCGGCGUGUUUCGGUUCGUAGAGGCCUCAUGCCGUGCGUCUCCUUCUGUUGCAACUCGCUCUUACCACGCUUUAUCCACAAACCGCAUAGACACCCAUUUCCUGGUUGUGACUACAGGACGGGGACUACUGUGUAUGAUUGUGAUUGUUUCCUCACACCUAUCUGGCAGUAUUGCCCCAAAGCACACUGUCCUGGCACAGAGCCCUCCCCCUCCCCCGCUGCGGUGUUUGUCUGGGGUGGGGGGUCGGGGGGGCAUUUGGGAUGAGGGGCGUGCGGAUCCUCAUUGUGCCUCCUUUCGCUCGGCUGGGUGUUGACAUUCUUUUCUCAUUCUCUUGUUUGGAGUGUGGUUGAGAACAACAACAUAAAAAUGUCUAUGACUUAGCCAAUUAUGUGCUUGUUAAAAAAGUACAUUCAAUUUAUUUUUACUUUAUUUAAAAAAAAAGAAAUAACAUUCCUGUCCAUGUUUGCAUUUUUGUACAAAAGUUAUUCACAAAAACUUUAUGGAAAUAUAGUUUUGUGUAUUGUGUUUGUAUUUUUUUUUCUUUUCCCAGAUACAAGAUGUAUGCAAAUUAAUUUUUAGAUGAGUGAAAUUAAUUUAUUUUUUAUUGACUGACCUUACUGUGCUUUUUAAAAGAACAAAAUGCAAAAACAUUUUUACAUCGUUUCAUCUCUUUGAGUUGAGGGCACCUUACUCCAUUUCCUACAGCAUCCAUUAAGCAUUGUUUUCAUAAACCUUGCCUGGUGUUUUUGUCGAGCCUUAAUUCUUGUUGGGUGCCUAUCUUUUGCGUUCAUGUUUCUGCACAGUUUGUCCUGCAGGUUCCUCAGGUGUUUUUCAAGGGGCUGGAGGAUGCUUGAGCGUUAAGUCUUGGUGUACUGCAGACCAGUCAAAUUGAAUCUCAGCGCUGUGACUCAGCAAGUUUUCUUGCCCAUUGGUGGAAUUUGCAACAAAUUCCAUUUCAGAGCACUGCUUGUUCAUCUUGGAAUUAUUUUACUUGGAACUUGUAAUUAAAUAUAUCUUCAAAUUAUCCAUCUGACUGCUGGAUCACUACUCUACUAAUUUAAGAGAGAUCAGAGAGAGAUGUAUCUAGAUUAAAUUACACGACUAAUGGUCAUCUGUUGAAUGCAUGCAAAAUUGAGGUUGUGUUGUUCCUAAAUAAGUUCCAUUUUGAAAGGAUCAAAGCCAGCGUUACACUAGUUGCUCUAAAAGAUUGAUUUUGCUAUUACUUUAGAUAUUACUACCUUCACAAAAAUGUAUGCCUUUCAGCCAACAUUAUAACGUGACGGAAUUCUGUGUAAACAACGUUAAUUCGGGUGACUGGGUGAAUCCGAAAAACGGGAAGAAAAUUAUCGCUGCUGGAUUUCAAAAUGGCACCUUAAUACUUCUCUGAAUUACCACCCGCAGUCUGUCUGAAUCUCUGGCUACACGCGUCGAGUUGUGAACCAGAGGGACUGAGUUAUGCAUAUUCAACCAUUGAGAUGAGUGAACCUGAUAUUUGAAGACCCCCUCUGAAGCUUCCUCUGAAGCCCGUGCUUUGCCCAAGCUUGUGUGCUCUGCUUGGAAAUGGGGAGUGAGCCUGCUGUGUUUCUGUACAGAUCUUGUGUAAGUUAUUUUUUGGAAUUCCAGGACUUCUGGGAAUUCCACAACUGGUUGUAGCAGCAAUUCCACGGAGCAGAAACGACUGAAUUUCCACAGAAUGGACUACCAGACUAACCAUACUUUUAAGUGUUACAGUUUUGUUUUAUAACCAGACAAGGAAGCAUACAUGGAUAAAUAUGUCUUGUAAUAUUUUGUAUUUGAGGGAGGGGGGAGGACGUUGAGAUGGGUUGCUUUUAGAGAAAAUAAAGCACAUUGAAAUAUUUUAAAAA